AUCAAAUAGAUAAGAUCAUAUCAGCAGAACUACCAAAUGAAAAUUUACGAUUAAAAGAAUUAGUUAAAAAAUAUAUGAUACACAAACCACAACAUUCAUCCUGUUGUCUUCAUAAUGGUGAAUGUAUCUAUCAAUAUCCAAAAUCUAUAAUUCCAACAACAUACGCUGAUGAAAAAGACUUUAUACAAUAUCACUGUUGA